GUUGGAGACGUGGCCCGGGGCCGCCAUCUUGGCUGGAGGCGAAUCGGCUGCUGCUCCUGUCACGGGCGACGGGUGCGCAGCGGCCGGUGCGCCCUUCCCGGACCCCAGCCCAGGCCAGAGGACGCGGAGCGCGGGCGCGCCCCCACCACCGCCCUCGCCAUGGUGCUGUUGGCAGCGGCAGUCUGCACAAAAGCAGGAAAGGCUAUUGUUUCUCGACAGUUUGUGGAAAUGACCCGAACUCGGAUUGAAGGUUUGUUAGCAGCUUUUCCAAAGCUGAUGAACACUGGAAAACAACAUACAUUUGUUGAAACAGAGAGUGUAAGAUAUGUGUACCAGCCUAUGGAGAAACUGUACAUGGUACUGAUCACUACCAAAAACAGCAACAUUUUAGAAGACUUGGAGACUCUAAGGCUCUUCUCAAGAGUGAUCCCUGAAUAUUGCCGAGCCUUAGAAGAGAAUGAAAUAUCUGAGCACUGUUUUGAUUUGAUUUUUGCUUUUGAUGAAAUUGUUGCUCUGGGAUAUCGGGAGAAUGUUAACCUGGCACAGAUCCGAACCUUCACAGAAAUGGACUCUCAUGAGGAGAAGGUGUUCAGAGCAGUCAGAGAGACUCAAGAACGUGAAGCUAAGGCUGAGAUGCGGCGUAAAGCAAAGGAGUUACAACAGGCCCGAAGAGAUGCAGAGAGACUGGGUAAAAAAGCACCAGGAUUUGGGGGAUUUGGCAGCUCUGCAGUGUCUGGAGGCAGCACGGCUGCCAUGAUCACAGAGACCAUCAUUGAAACUGAGAAACCAAAGGUGGCACCUGCACCAGCCAGGCCUUCAGGCCCCAGCAAGGCUUUGAAACUUGGAGCCAAAGGAAAAGAAGUAGAUAAUUUUGUGGACAAAUUGAAAUCUGAAGGUGAAACUAUCAUGUCCUCCAACGUGGGCAAACGCACCUCUGAAGCAACCAAAGUGCACGUUCCGCCCAUUAAUAUGGAAAGUGUACAUAUGAAGAUUGAAGAAAAGAUCACACUGACCUGUGGACGAGAUGGAGGAUUACAGAAUAUGGAAUUACAUGGAAUGAUCAUGCUUAGGAUCUCAGAUGACAAAUUUGGCCGAAUUCGUCUUCAUGUGGAAAAUGAAGAUAAGAAAGGGGUGCAACUACAGACCCAUCCAAAUGUGGAUAAAAAGCUUUUCACUGCAGAGUCCCUAAUAGGAUUGAAGAAUCCAGAGAAGUCAUUUCCAGUCAACAGUGACGUAGGGGUGCUAAAGUGGAGACUACAAACCACAGAGGAAUCUUUUAUUCCUCUGACAAUUAACUGCUGGCCUUCAGAGAGUGGAAACGGAUGUGAUGUCAAUAUAGAAUAUGAGCUACAGGAAGAUAAUUUAGAACUGAAUGAUGUGGUUAUCACCAUCCCACUUCCGUCUGGUGUUGGUGCACCUGUGAUUGGUGAGAUCGAUGGGGAAUAUCGACAUGACAGUCGACGAAAUACCUUGGAGUGGUGCCUGCCAGUGAUUGAUGCCAAAAAUAAGAGUGGCAGCCUGGAGUUUAGCAUUGCUGGGCAGCCCAAUGACUUCUUCCCUGUUCAAGUUUCCUUCAUCUCCAAAAAGAAUUACUGUAACAUACAGGUUACCAAAGUGACCCUGGUGGAUGGAAACAGCCCCGUGAGAUUUUCCACAGAGACCACUUUCCUAGUGGAUAGGUAUGAGAUUCUGUAACAUGAAGAAGAGGGAACAGAAAAGAAAAAUUGUCGAAUAAAGAAGAAGCUGACAGUGGCUGAAGAGGUUUCCCAAAUGUAGAGCCAUUGGAGACCCUUGUUUUCUGAUCCAGUGCUCGACUGCGCGCAAGGACCCUCAACUCGCCCCCCGUGUUUCAGUGUCACGGAGACGUUCUUUGACAGAGAAAUGACACAGACACAAGGGAAAGGCUGCUGAUUUCUUUGGCAGAUGUUUCUGGCCAGCAAGAAAGCAAAUUCUCCAGAGAAUGCCCCUAAUUAAAUGCCACCUCUGCAUUCGCCCUAAGCUUGCUCCUUUAUUUUAAUCUCUAAGUAUAGGUCCAUUUCAUGCUUUGUUUUAAAAAAAGUUUUCUUUGUAGAAGAUUUUAAUCUUUCAUUUUUUACCUCCAGUGUUUUCUUUGCAUACAUUCAAUCAAGCACUGGGAUCAUCUGUAUUUGGACACUAUAGUUGUCUGGCACUCCUGGAACAAGUUUAACCCAUUCUUGAUUUUUGGACUAUAUACAGGUGAACUGCAUUAGGAGAUUGAGUUGUCUUUUGGCAUUUUUCAAUAUGCAUUCAUCUCUCCAUUUGCCAGGUUUUCCUGUUAAGUCUCGUCCCUCCAGUUGUCAAUAUUAAAGAUAACUGAGAAGUAGCUUUCAAAUGACACAAUCCUCUCAAAGAUGUUUUAGAGAAGAAUAGUUAUGUUCAUUUCGGGACACCCACUGCAAUCAUGUUGCCUCCUGGUGCUACCCAGGCUUGCAGUUCUCCGCAUUUUAGAUACUUACACUGAAACAUGCUAGUUCAGUCUUUGUAACCCAAGCACAUUCCUCAAGUUUACCACUUGGUUGCUCUGUCAUCAGUCCCCUCCUUGCCAGCAGAAAUGAGAUUAUGAUUUAGAAGGCUGUGGGUUUGGGGAGUUCCUGUACCAGUCCCAUUGGCCCUGAACCAACAAAGAAACUCCAUUUCUACCACUAGCUUUGUAGCAUUUCAAGAGACAGAUGAUUCUAUUGCUGUGCAGCGAUUACCCGUAUAUAUUCCUUUUUUUUUUUUUCUAGCCUGCCUGACAUUUUCCACCUGUCUCCUCCUGUCUUGGAGCUUCUUUCUUUUCCUCCCCACUGAAUAUCAUCGUGUGGUGGUGGCUUCUUAGCUCUAGCUCAUCCAUUCCUUUUUCAAUCAGCCAGCCCAGCCUUGUUCUUCAGGCCAGUAUUGCACUUAACAAGGGUAGAGAAAGGAUUGCUAGGAGGCUGUAGUGGGCAGACAUGGUGCAUUGGACCUCCCACACCCCUGUCCUGCUGGAGAGUGCCACUCCCAUUGAGCAGCCUGUGGUCCUCCUGCAGAGGAUGCUUCGCUGGGAGCACAGCAGCUGCACACCCGGCCAGGGAUGGAACUGCUUGCCAAAGAAAUGUCUGGCCUUUCCCUUUCCCUAAUACAUCAGGAAGAAUCCUUAUCUCUAAUUUGGUUUCCACACAAGAUCUUUCUGAGGAAGGGAAUUGGAAAAAGAAGUCUGUCAGGUAGUUAAGUAGGCAAGAUAUCUCUUAUUAAUCCAUUUUUGUUGAGAGUUCCUUGUCCAUAUGAUUUUUUAAAGUUUAAUUUCAUAAAAACUUUUUGUUCUGAAAUUACUUUUGGGGUAAUAUUUAAAAUGAGAAGUUUUGUAACCCUGUAAAAUAUAUAGGGAAUAUAACAUUCCAGUGUACACAGAGAAGGCAAAUUCUUUAAUCAAAUAAAGCAUAUUAUAAAA